CCGGUGGCGCGGCGCCCCAUGUGAAUCACCCCCUCAAGGCUCCAGUGCCUAUUCUUGGACAGCUGCUAGCUGCUUUGCCCCCCAACCGAAACAAAGAGAGAAAGAGACAGAGAGAGAAAGAAGAGCGAAAAGGGGGAGAAAAAAAGGAGGGAGGGAAGAAGGCACACGCAACGAAUUCGACCAACCAACCUGCCUCCAAUCGAUCGAUCGAUCGCUAACAAAUCCUUCUGGUGUUCAAGCUCAACACACCCGGCCGGCCCCAUCAACUUGAUCGAUCGGGGUUUCCCCCCAGCGGAACGGAUGAUCGAAAAUCUGGCGUGCUGAUGGUUCGCCGCCACCAAUGCAGCAGGUGAAGACGAAGGAGGCUGAGGAGGGGAGGAUGGAGGAGAACAAUCUUCUGCAUUUUCUCGAUAGCCCCAACGCACAUUACAGAAGGAAAUGUGAAGAAUACGGAUCCCGGUCCCGGCAUGAUGGAGAUGCCCAUUUCGAUGCAUCAGAUAUGGACCUGGCUAAUGCAAGUGAAAGAUUGGAACAUCUGUUGAAACAGCCUGCCAACAAGUUCUGUGCAGAUUGUGGGACCCCAGAUCCAAAAUGGGCGGCCUUGCCCUUUGGUGCGUUAAUUUGCAUAAAAUGCUCUGGAACCCAUAGAAGUCUUGGAGUACACAUAUCAAAGGUGAUUUCAGUAAAUCUAGACGAGUGGACAGAUGAAGAGGUCAACUGUUUAGCCGGUUCAGGUGGAAAUGCUAGGGUGAACACACGAUAUGAGGCCUUUUUGCCAGACAACUACAAAAAGCCCAGACAUGAUUGCACGACAGAGGAGCGUUCUAAUUUCAUUAGGAAAAAGUAUGAGCUUCAACAGUUCGUGACUGAUCCACAGUUUUCAUGCCCUUUACGAGUGAAUACCAAACACCCAGCAGACAAGCAUCAGCAGCAGCAAAACUGCAGUGUACGACAUGGUUUUGGCCAUCCUUUUAGGAAUAGCUGGAGAAGAAAGGACACAGAUCACAAAGGACUAAAGAAAAUGACUGAUGUGGGCAUGGUGGAAUUUGUUGGAUUAAUUAAGGUUGAUAUCAGACGGGGCACAAAUCUUGCUGUUCGUGAUGUGAUGUCAAGUGAUCCGUAUGUUAUGCUUAACUUAGGACAUCAAUCCAUGAAAACCAGGGUGAUAAAGAACACCCUGAAUCCUGUAUGGAAUGAAAGGCUAAUGCUGUCGAUCCCUCACCCGGUGCCGCCUCUUAAAUUGCAAGUGUUCGACAAGGACACAUUCAGCUCCGACGACCGGAUGGGGGACGUGGAAGUCGACAUCCAGCCGCUCAUCGCCGCCGCGAGAGAGCACGAGAGCUCGGCCGCCGUCGCCGGCUCGGUGGAGGUGACGAAGCUGCUGGCGGUCGACGACGGCACGCUGGCCAGGGACAGCGUCAUCUCCGUCGUCGACGGCAAGGUGAAGCAGGAGAUCUCGCUGAGGCUCCAGAACGUGGAGCACGGGGAGCUCGAGAUCGAGCUCGAGUGCGUCCCGCUCAGCCAGUAGCAGUAGUAAGCUAGACGGAGACGGUGUAUUUUGCUGGAGCAUUUUUACCAUCUUUAAAAAAAACUUCAGAUAUCAUAUUUUUAGUGUAAAAAUUUAGUAUCUUAAGGUAUCUU